GGAGCUCGUACACGUCAUCCGUCAUAACAAACUGAAAUCCUGGUCCACAGCAGUUAAGUUGACCGGUGGAUGAGACGCACCUGACCCGUAAGACUGAACCGCAGACGGGCCCUCACUGCGGAUAUGGGAGACAAUUCAGAGCUACCGCCGGUGGAGCAGCACCAGCGGCCGCUCCGGAACCAGGACCUGAGCGCAGUCACCGACCUGGUACAAGAUGUUUUGUCCCAGUAUGGAUGGUACCUGCUGGCUGCUACAGCUCUGUUCUAUCUGCUCAUUCAGUACAUUGUCAAAAAGAGCCAAGGAAGAACCCGCAGCUCUGCCCAACCCGCACAUCACGACGCAGCACUUGUAGCCAAACGUCAAGAGGCCCUGGAGGCAGCUCGGAUGAGGAUGCAGGAAGAGCUUGAUGCCAAAGCAGCCAUCUUCAAAGAGAAGCAGAAACAGCAGGAGGAGGAGAAGAGGAGACAGAAGAUUGAACUCUGGGAAAAUAUGAAGGAAGGCAAGAGCUGCAAAGGAAACACCUCCCAGAACACUGAGGAGGACUUGUCAACUACAGUUAUUAAGAGGAAAACAGACAAAAAACCUCUUCGCAGCUCAGACUAUAACCCUCUGAGUGGAGAUGGGGGUGGGACAUGUGCCUGGAGACCUGGGCGGAGAGGACCGUCUGCGGGAGGAUGAAACUAAAGUGUGUCAGAUGCUCCACAGGGGUGCUCUGACAAGUACAUCAAGCUCUUCACACUGACAGGGGGCGCUGUGUACCAACUGCUGUUUUUUUUGUUUUGUUUUUUUUUAAUCCUAGAUUUUUUCUCUGGGUGUCUCUUGCAGCAGUCAGUCUCUCUUCAACAUGUUUUAAUGCUCAUUAUUUACUAUAGUGGUGGCAUGGCAGCCUCUAAAUGAAGCCAGGUCUGUAAAUGGAACUCUCCACUGGGCCUGGAUGAUAAUGUCAGUGUGGAUUAGCAUAGCAUAUAUACUCAUGUUACUGAAGUCCAGCUAAAGUUAUUUUAGAAAUGAUCCUUUUGAGUGGGUUGAAAACAGUUCAGACAGAAAACAUUCUGGUGUCAUUUGUUUAGCAAUUCGUCUUGAGCUCUGGACAGAAGCUUGAAUCUGCUUUUGACUUUUUUGUAGUAUCAUUUUAUCAAUCUGUUAUAGAUAAAUAAAUUAUAUCUAUAAGUA